GCCAAUCUUUCGGCUUUUCGGGGAGCAACGUCAGAGUAACGUCAUCAGGCGGCGACGGCCAUCUCCGCCGGCGGCGCUCCUCCCGCCGCCUCAGCCUGAGAAAAAAAUUAGGAGGCUGAUGCAGAAGCAGCACCAACUGUUCGUCCUGUUGAGAUGUCGUGUAGCCCAUCGUUAAUAGAACCCGCCUGUUCCAACUGCGAGAUCCAGGGAGCUGCAAAAAUGAGAAAAAAUGACACUGCUUCCAGGCAUUUGGUUCCUCUUUGUGAUGAUAACGAAGACGAACAGUCCCAACCUGUUCAAAGAAAGAGAGUGCUUCCGUCUUGGAUGCUGGAAAGAGAUCUCCUGGUGCAGAGGAUUUCUGAGCCUGUCAUGAAAGGAGGUGGUAGAAUGAAAAAAGGCCAAGGAAGGGGAGAGAGUGAUAUGGAAUCAUUAAAAUCAGAAGGAAACGUGCAGCGGAAGAAAAGAUUAGCUUCUGAAGAAACUAUAGAGGAUUUUGAAGGUGAAGAGCAAGAUCAAGGGAAAAGGAGCUGUCUUUCCAUCCAUGUUCCUUCAUCUCAGAGUGCAUCUGGAUUUCCCCUUGAGAGUACCAUGACAAACAUGGAAGGAAAUGGCAAGACUGGAACAAAAAAACCUGGAAGUUCUCUGGAAAAAAAUGAUAGGCAGCUGCAUAGUAAAUGUUCUAAAAGGAUAGGUCAGUUCUCCAGUAAAACAAAUGUAAUUGAGGAAACAGAAAACAAAGAGCAGAUUACUGGUUCUACAAGUCAACAAGCUCACUGGGGCAGGACUUCCCAAAAUUUUGGUGCCCAGGAAGGGAUUCUUGAGCCUGAUGCAAAUCUGGAUUGCGAGACUGAGAUUUCUGAUUCAACCAGAAGUGCAGAUGCUUCAGAAAGCUCCAAACACAUCAAGCGUAAGAGGACACCUUGCAUGUAUGGAACAGGCUGUUACAGGAAGAAUCCCAUUCACUUUCAGCAGUUCAGUCACCCGAAUGACGAUGACUAUCAUGAAACAGAGAUGGUAACUCAGGAUAACAAUGAUAACCGGCCUGAAUGUCCAUACGGAACGGCUUGUUACAGGAAGAAUCCACAGCAUAAGCUAGAAUACAAGCACAGUGCUCCUCCGGUAACUCAAAGAGGAACCCGACAACGAACUUCAAAAAACGGAAGAAGGGCUGUGGAGAAAGACGGUGUCAACGAUGAUGAACCAAAUGAAUAUGACCUUAACGACAGCUUUAUAGAUGAUGAGGAAGAGGAGUGCGAACCUACUGAUGAAGACUCUGACUGGGAACCGAGUUCAGAAGAGAAGGAUAGUGAAGAUGUUGAAACUCUUUUGCAAGAAGCACGUAAAUUUGUUAAGACCAAAAAGUAGCUGCACGGAACAACAUUAUGAAUGUCCAAUCUGAUUGUGUUAAAACACGGAUGUGCAAGGAGAGGAAUUGCUUGGAAAACUGUUUUCCUCAGUCAUGUAGGCGCUACAGGAAGAUUUUAAUGGGGGUGAGAGGAUUCAGCAAUGCCUCUCUUGUCCAAAUGUGUUAUUUUGGUGGGGUUUUUUUUGUUAAGUGAUGGAGCCGGAGGGCUGAGCUCUGGACGUUUUUUGUUUUGUUAAUGUUUUUGUUUUGUUUUCUAAUCUGUUUCUUUUGCAACACGAUUGGUGUCUCAUAGUUUGAAAUACAAUUUAAAGGUCGUUAAUGUUUCAUCUUCCUGUGCUUGGAAGAAAUACUGGCAUUAGGAAAGCCUUUUAUUUUGCUGAAACACAAUAAAUACUGUGUUGACUGAAGAAGAGUUACACUUCACGCUUGCAGUAUCGCAGACUAAUUCUUGGCCAUCGCUGGGGAAUCUGCCUAAAACAGUUUUUAAUUUUCUUUUGAGUUAGUGCAGUCUUAAACUUCAUUAGUUGGAUACUGGCUUUCCUUUUAGGUGUCAUUUCUUUGAUUCUCUUGGUGUAAGGUAGUUAAAUACAGGAUGCCUGAAUCACUUGAGAGGAGUAUCUCAGUGUAUUUAACCACUUUGUUGCCUCAAAAAUUAUGGUGUAUUUUCUAUAAUUACAGUAGUAGCUCUUUCCAUGCCUGUACAUCACUGGAAUUGUGUUAAGUUCACAAUAAAGCUGAAGUCUUGAUGACUGUAUUUUUGCACAAUAAAACUUUUAACAUACUGUGGGAAAA